AUGCACGCCGAGCUGGAGCUGCCCUUUCGCCUGGAUCCCCAGCUGACGGAGGUGAUGCGCCUGCGGGUGCAGUCUCUGCAGCAGCGAGGCCAGAGGCGGCAGGAGGGCGAGCGCCUGCUGCGGCCCAACGAGGCGGUCUACCGGUUGGACUUCUCCAAGCAGUCCCUCCAGUUCUCACAUUGGACAGUGCGGCUGGCGCAGACGGGACGCCUCACCGUCACGGCCACCUCACAGCUGUGGACGCCCGACCUGACCCACCUGAUGACCCGUCAGUUGCUUGAACCCGCCGGGGUUUUCUGGAAGGUCCAGGGUGGCGCUCAGGAUGCGUCCGUCCACUGUUAUGAGGCAGACGCUCAAGAGUUCGGUGAGAGAAUUGCUGAGCUGGCCAAGGUAAGGAAGGUGAUGUACUUCCUGUUUGCGUUUGAGGAGGGCUGCAUCCCAGAGAGCGUCGACUGCUCCAUUACCUUCAAAGUGGAUAGCUGAGUCUUGGGUAUAUGUAACCGAACAGACACUUGCUGCAAAAUUGAUGCUUUUCCUGAUUGUGAGUGUAUUUGUUCAGAGCCAGUGUGCUGUGGGGUUGU